AUGGUGGCAGACACAACGGAGUCCGACUCGGAGUCAGAGGACUAUGCAUUUGUGGCCACGGACAUCGAGUCGCACCAGGAGGGCGACCUAGCGCUUGCAGCUCUGGAUGCCGAUGACUGGCUUGGCGAUACAGGCACGACGGUGCAUGUGGCGCGCUGUCGCGAGCACUUCUCGGACUAUCGCACCACGCCGGGUGCGACGUUGAAUGGUGCCGGGUCGACGACGGUCCUAGGUCGAGGAACAAUCAGGAUGAUUGCGGACAUAGAUGGUCAGCAGAAGACCAUAACCCUCAAGGACGUCGUUCACGCACCUGCUAUUCCGCACAACUUGGUCUCCCUCGGACGUCUU